AUGUCUCUGAGCAGCGCCUUCCAGGCUGUGGGCAACGACCCUGGGAUCAUCACCUGGAGGAUAGAGAAAAUGGAGCUGGCGCUGGUCCCCCUGAGUGCCCACGGCAACUUCUACGAGGGAGACUGCUAUGUCAUCCUCUCGACCCGGAGAGUGGGCAGCCUCCUCUCCCAAGACAUCCACUUCUGGAUUGGGAAGGACUCCUCCCAGGAUGAACAGAGCUGUGCAGCCAUCUACACUACGCAGCUGGACGACUACCUGGGGGGCAGCCCUGUUCAGCACCGGGAGGUCCAGUACCACGAGUCCGACACCUUCCACGGAUACUUCAAGCAGGGCAUCAUCUACAAGAAGGGGGGUGUGGCCUCUGGGAUGAAGCACGUGGAGACCAACACCUACGACGUGAAGCGGCUGCUGCAUGUGAAGGGGAAGAGAAACAUCCGGGCCACCGAGGUGGAAAUGAGCUGGGACAGUUUUAACCAAGGGGAUGUCUUCUUGCUGGAUCUUGGGAAGGUCAUCAUCCAAUGGAACGGCCCGGAGAGCAACAGUGGGGAGCGCCUGAAGGCGAUGCUUCUGGCAAAGGAUAUUCGGGACAGGGAGCGAGGGGGCCGUGCUGAGAUAGGAGUGAUCGAGGGAGACAAGGAGGCAGCCAGCCCGGAGCUGAUGAAGGUCCUUCAGGACACCCUCGGCCGGCGCUCCAUUAUCCAACCGGCAGUCCCAGAUGAGGUCAUAGAUCAGCAGCAGAAAUCAAACAUCACGUUGUAUCAUGUCUCAGAUUCAUCUGGACAGCUGGUGGUCACAGAGGUAGCGACGAGGCCUCUGGUCCAGGACUUACUGAACCCUGAUGACUGCUACCUCCUGGACCAAAGUGGAACCAAGAUCUAUGUGUGGAAAGGAAGAGGAGCCACAAAGGCUGAGAAACAGAUGGCCAUGUCUAAAGCCCUGAAUUUCAUCAGGAUGAAGGGCUACCCCAGCAGCACCAACGUGGAGACCGUCAAUGACGGUGCCGAGUCGGCCAUGUUCAAGCAGCUGUUCCAGAAGUGGACGGCGAAGGAACAGACCAUGGGUCUGGGGAAAACGUUCAGCGUGGGUAAAGUUGCGAAGGUUUUCCAGGAUAAAUUUGAUGUAAUUCUGCUGCACACCAAACCAGGGGUGGCAGCCCAGGAAAGAAUGGUGGAUGACGGCAAUGGCAAAGUUGAGGUCUGGAGGAUAGAAAACCUGGAGCUGGUCCCCGUGGAGCACCAGUGGUAUGGCUUUUUUUAUGGGGGAGACUGCUAUCUGGUUCUCUAUACGUACGAGAUGCAUGGGAAGCCUCAUUACAUCCUGUAUAUCUGGCAGGGCCGCCACGCCUCACUGGAUGAGCUGGCAGCCUCAGCAUAUCAGGCGGUAGAGGUGGACCAGCAGUUUGAAGGGGCCCCCGUGCAGGUUCGGGUCACCAUGGGGAAGGAGCCGCGCCACUUCAUGGCCAUCUUCAAAGGAAAGCUGGUCAUCUUUGAGGGUGGCACUUCUAGGAAGGGAAAUGCUGAGCCAGAUCCUCCAGUAAGACUCUUCCAGAUUCAAGGACAUAACAAAUAUAACACCAAAGCAGUGGAAGUCCCAGCCUUCACCUCCUCCCUAAACUCCAAUGAUGUCUUUCUGCUGCGGACGCAGGCAGAGCACUACCUGUGGUUUGGCAAGGGGUCUAGUGGGGAUGAGCGGGCGAUGGCUAAGGAGCUGGCCGGACUUCUCUGCGACGGUACUGAGAACACAGUGGCUGAGGGCCAGGAGCCAGCUGAGUUCUGGGACCUGUUGGGAGGGAAAACUCCCUACGCCAGUGACAAAAGACUACAGCAGGAGAUCCUAGAUGUCCAGUCUCGUCUCUUUGAAUGUUCCAAUAAGACUGGCCGGUUCACUGUCACUGAGAUCAUAGACUUCACCCAGGACGACCUGAACCCAGGUGACGUGAUGCUCCUGGAUACCUGGGACCAGGUGUUCCUGUGGAUUGGGGCUGAGGCCAAUGCCGCAGAGAAGGAGAGCGCUCUGUCUACCGCCCAGGAGUACCUGCACACUCACCCCAGCGGCCGAGACACCGGCACACCAAUCCUGAUCGUUAAACAGGGGUUCGAGCCUCCCAUCUUCACAGGCUGGUUCCUGGCCUGGGACCCUCACAUUUGGAGUGCAGGGAAAUCAUAUGAACAGUUAAAAGAGGAGCUGGGAGACGCUGCUGCUAUCACAAGAAUCACUGCUGAUAUGAGGGACACAACCCUUCCCCUGAAUUCUGAGCCAAAAUAUUACCCCCUAGAAGUUCUGUUGAAAAAUCAGAGUCAGGAGUUGCCAGAGGAUGUGAACCCUGCCAAAAAGGAGAAUUACCUCUCUGAACGGGACUUUGUUUCUGUGUUUGGCAUCACAAGAGGGCAGUUUGCUGCUCUGCCUGGCUGGAAACAGCUCCAGAUGAAGAAAGAAAAGGGGCUUUUCUGA